UGUCCCGGGCCAGCACACAGGACUUUCAGAUGUCAAAGCAUCCACCGAGGCCACUGCAUCGGCCCACAACUCGGUUCCGUCUGGAAUUGCGAUGCUCGUGGAGUCGCACAAACAUGGCGAGAGAAGAAUCCUAUAAAGCUCCACGGGACGAGAGGCCCGGCCUUUUGGCCUCACGGGGUGUUAUUCCUCCUGCAGUUUGAAUUAUUUUCAUCUUGUAUUCCCUUAUAAUGGCUAAUACACGCCUCGCUCUCUUCGUUUUCGCUUCCUUUGUGUAUCUCAUCCAGUGGGCCGUGGGCGAUACUUGCUCUACGGUCGGUAAUACGACUUCCAUCGACAUCGAGACCUCUCCCUCCAUCGAAUACACCACUGAACAAAGUAAUUACUGGUCCACCGGCUGCGGAGCUUUGAAGCCGUCAUGUAUCCUAUAUCCCUCCUCGGUCGAAGAAGUUGCGGCCAUUGUCAAGGUCUUGAACGACAACAACGAGACUUUCGUCAUCAAGUCCGGAGGCCACAACCCAAACAAAGGCUUCGCUUCCAUUCAAGGUGGCCCGCUUAUCUCGACCAAGAAGCUGAACGAGGUGAUAUUAGAUGCUACCUCCAUGACUGUCCGCGUUGGACCAGGAAACGACUGGGAGGAUGUGCAUGAAGCUCUCCAAGACACCGGCACUACGGUGGUUGGAGGAAGAAUUGGGGAAGUUGGCGUUGGAGGGUACGUUGUUGGAGGCGGUCUCAGUUUCCUCUCUGCUGAGUAUGGCUGGGCUGCGAACAACAUCGUCGAAUUUGAGGUUGUGCUGGCCAAUGCGACGAUUGUGACCGCAUCAAACACAUCUAAUCCGGAUCUCUAUAAGGCAUUGAAAGGCGGAGGGAACAAUUAUGGGAUUGUCACCGCCUACACCAUGAUUGCGCACCCUCAAGGCGAGAUCUGGGGCGGCAACUUGAUAUUCACCGGCGAUAAGGCCCCCAAGAUGCUGGCGGCUCUUAGAGAUUUCACGGAAUAUUAUCCGGACGAGAAGGCUGGCAUCAUCAUGACUGGUGAGCUAUCAGCUCUCGGUGCGAUCGACCUUUGGAUCAUGUUUCUCUUCUACGACGGCCCUACUCCGCCAGCAGGGGUCUUUGACAACUUUACCGCUAUCGGACCGUUCACGAACAAUUGCAAGACGCGCAGCUACUACGACUUGCUCACAUACAACGAUUUUGCGGUCGUCAAGGGUUCUAUAUACACCAUUACGACGGAGACUACACCUUUGCCCAAUGCCACAAAUGGUGCAGAGGUAUUGGGUGCUAUCUACGACAACUGGAGGAAUACCACCGAAAGCGUCAUCGGUGUCUCUGGCAUCAUUGGAUCAAUUGCCUUCCAACCGAUCCCGAAAAUGAUCGCUCGGAAGGCCCGCGAGAUGGGCGGCGAUCUCAUCGACCUAGACGAUGAGGUCGACCGUCUCAUCGUCGAGUUCGACUUCUCUUACUGGCUCUCCACCGAUGACGCUACCAUCGACGCUGCUACUCAGCAGCUCUACACCGGUACCAGAGACGUGGUAACGACGUACACUGAAAGGGGCCAGCUCCCCGAGGCAUAUCUGCCACUGUUCGCCAACGACGGCUAUUUUCGCCAGGACUACUGGGGGCGCAUCAGGACUGCAGACUUUGCACGGAGCGUGCGCGACGCAUAUGAUCCAGAAGGGCUCUUUGCCCAGCGAACGGGUGGCUUCAAAUUUUAAUGUAUUUGUCAGGACGGGAGAUCUCCUGCGGUCCACCGGUCAGCAUCAUAUUUUCGUCUCGCUCUGCGGCUGUUUAUCGAUUGCGCACGUUCUCGGGA